AUGUCCCAAGUCAUUCUUUACAUCAUCGUUUGACGGAAUGUUCUUGUCUUACAACACGAAACCUAUUCAUUCCUAAGCAUAUCUUUCUUACUGCAUCAAUCAAGCCAUUCUUGUUUUUGGGCCCAUCUGCUGUACGAAGUCUUCUUUGACGAAAAACACUCGUUGAAGAAGACAAAGCUCUAAAGUCUCGCUAACCGUCGCCAAUGAAGAAACCGGAGCUCAUAUUCAUCCCAGCGCCGGGCGUCGGUCACGUCAUCUCGGCCCUCGAGUUCGCGGCCCGCUUGCUCGGCCACGACCCUCGAGUCUAUAUCACCGUCCUCGCCAUUAAAGCGCCCUUCAACUCCCACUUGGACGCUUACACCAAGUCGCUCGUCGCCUCGCAGCCGCGUGUUACCCUCAUCGACCUCCCUCACGUUGACCUACCACCGCCCGAGCUCCUGCGCUCCGUCGAGCACUAUUUUACCGUCUACAUCGAGAGCUACAUCCCGCAUGUCCAGAGAGUGGUCGGGGAGAUCCAACGUUCACGAGCUGGUUCCGGGUCGGAUCGGUCCGUGGCCGGGUUUGUCCUGGACUUCUUCUGCACGUCCAUGAUGGAUGUGGCCGCCGGGUUCUCGCUCCCUUCUUACAUCUACCUUACCAGCAACGCGCACUUCCUGGGCCUCAUGUUCCACUUGCCAGCUCGACACGACCAGGUCGGGAGAGAGGUCCGACUGUCCGAUCCGGACCUGCCUCUUCCCGGUUUCACCAACCCAGUUCCCGUCUCUGUCUUGCCAUCAGCAGUGUUAGACGGGGAAGCCGGCGGCUACGCGGCCUACGUCAAGCUGGCUCGCAGGUUCAGGGACGCCCGGGGAAUCAUGGUGAACACGUUCAAGGAGCUGGAGCCAUUCGCCGUCAGCUCGUUCUCCCGAGGAAGCUCGGACGGCCCGGCCGUGUACGCGGUCGGACCGGUAAUCGACCCGAAGGGUGUGCCGGAUCCUUCUCUGGACCGGGCUCACUGGGAGAAGAUCCGGGAGUGGCUCGACGAGCAACCGCCGUCCUCGGUGGUGUUCCUGUGCUUCGGGAGCAUGGGGAGAUUCGAUGCGGACCAAGUGAAGGAGAUCGCCGCCGGAAUCGAGCGAAGCGGGCAUAAGUUUCUGUGGUCGUUGCGUCCCGAAAGCUGCCAGGAGCAGCUUCCGGAUGGGUUCCUGGAGCGAACGCGAGGAAGAGGGGUCGUAUGCGGUUGGACCCCACAGGUGGAGGUUCUAGGGCACGCGGCCAUUGGUGGGUUCGUGUCUCACUGCGGUUGGAACUCCAUUUUAGAGAGCUUAUGGCACGGAGUGCCAAUCGUGACGUGGCCCAUAUACGCGGAGCAGCAGCUGAACGCCUUCAUGAUGGUGAAGGAACUGGGCUUGGCGGAGGAGCUGAGGCUGGACUACAAGGGGCACGGCGGUUGUGGCCAUCUGGUGCCAGCGGAGGAGAUAGAGAGGGCCGUCGAACGCUUGAUGGGCGGCGGUGCCGCAGCGACGAGGAAGAAGGUGAAGGAAAUGAAGGAGGCGGCGAGGAAGGCCGUGAAGGAAGGUGGGUCUUCGUAUCAUUCUAUUGGAAGGUUGAUUCAAGACUUCAUCAAGAGCAUUGAAUAGAAAGCUCAACAGAGAGUUAGCAUUUGUCUUCAAUUGUAACCAUCACGUAUGUUACUUUGAUCUUGCUCUGUCCUUCAUUUCCCAUCAGCAAUGUGUCCUGCUCCUUUGUUCAGCGAACAUGCUUUACUAAUUUGUCUGAGUUAAUAAAAUUACCAUUCGAGUUGGCGGGUGGUGGGCGUUGAACUUGA